UUGAGAUUCAGCUCUCCAGAACGCAUUCAGAUACGCUCCUUCCUCUUUUGCUCUCUGUACAAACACGAGUGGCAUCUAUUUCAGCGUGAGCUAUAGCUUAAGGAAUCCCAUGAGGAAUGCACUCCAGGACCACGAGAUGAGCGCCACGGAUAUCUGCGUUAUUUAGUGCCGACGACUAGUUUUUGCAUCAAAAAGAUUCCCAAAUCCACCAGAUAUGUCUGGGAUGGACGGGACCGUGGAGGAGAUAAAUGGCACGGAAGUGGACAGCGAGAAUUUCCUGAGGUUCAGCCCUACAUCUGUUUCUACCGGGGCAGCCGCUGCCUCAUAUGGACGGACUGCAAAUGUUUACGUCUACGUCUCCAUCUUUCUCAGCCUGCUGCUUUUCCUGCUUACCCUGCUGAUCAUUGCUCUCCACAGGCUGAAGAACAUCAUAUCCUCCAGCUCUUCAUUCCCAGAAUGCGGCAGUGAGGCCGGGAGCUCCUUCACCAACAUGGAGAUCUGCAGCAUUUCCUCACAGAGAUCAACAGUGUCAUCGCUGUCCUGACAGCAGAGAAAGACAGAUUGAUUACACAUGGCUGAAUGUACUGAUAUUCUAGAAGUUUAGAAAUAUUUUAGCAAGUAAUUUGGUAUAUAUAAUUAAAUAUUUGUCAUUAUUAUCAAUGUAAUUUUCAUUAACGUUAUUUAGAGUAAAUAAUUCCACCAUCCUUGUAUUAGCAGCAGAUCCUGUAUUGAAGCAUUAUCAUGAAGGCUUUGUAUGAUUUUGGUCAAAUAUUAAAGACUUGUGUAUGUAAAUCACAUUAUGUACAUAAUGAAUUGUAAAUAGAAAAACUGUCAUAUUGACUCUCAUGUUUCAGAAAAUUAUAUUUGUCAAUUUGACUACACUUUCAUACAUUACUACAUCGAUAAUAUAUAGAACAAAACAUGUAAUCUCUUGGAAACCUUGAAUAAAAUCUGA